AUGGGAUCCAUCGGCCCGCAGCCCACCGCGCCCUCUAUGCGGGCCAAGGUGACCUCCGCGGACAUCGACGCUAUCAGGUCCCUCCUCGCCGGCACAGAUGCGGAGGUUCUGACUCCCGACGCCGCCGGCUACCCCGACACCAUCAAACGCUGGUCCAUGGCGGCCAGCAAGCCUGCGGGCGUGUCCAUCCUGCCCACCACGGCGGUCCAGGUCGCUAGUGUGGUCAAGUACGCGGCCGAAAAGGGCCUGGACGUCGCGGUCAAAGGCGGCGGGCAUAGUACUGCCGGCGUCAGCAGCACGGACGGCGGCCUGCUCUUCGAUCUGGGAAAGAUGCGCGGCGUCACGUUCGAUGAGGCCAGCAGCACUCUGCGCGUGCAGGGCGGCGCUAAUUGGGGCGACGUCGAUGCCGUGGCCUUCCAGCACGGCGUGGGCACCGUCGGCGGCACCGUCGCGGACACAGGUGUUGGCGGCCUGACGCUUGGUGGCGGCUACGGCUGGCUGUCGGGCCUAUAUGGCCUCACGAUCGAUGUGCUGCUUGAGGCGGAAGUCGUGUUGGCGUCCGGCGAGGUGGUGCGUGCCAGCGAGACGCAGAAUCCGGAGCUCUUCUGGGCGUUGCGUGGCGCGGGGCAGAACUUUGGCGUGGCGACCGAGUUUGUGCUGCGUGCUUUUGAAGUUGGGAAGCAGGUGUGGGCCGGCAUGGUGGUGUUUGCGCCCACGCCUGAGAAUGUCAAGGGUGUGACCCGUGUGAUGAAUGAACUGUAUACAAUCAAGGAUGGGAAGACAAAAGUGGCGGCUAGGGGUGCUGGCGGCUUGGGGUUUGCGCGGCCACCGGACGCUGGCGGACAGGUCAUGCUGCUAACGCCCAUCAUCUACUUUGGCACCGAGGCUGAGGGUAGAGAGGUCUACAAGAACCUGUUUGCGCUUGGACCGGUGGUGGACGGCAUGGCGAUGGUGGAUUACCCAACAAUCAACACGCUGUUGGCGCCGCCAUAUGGUCUGCGUGCCAGCAUGAAGGGAGCGGCAUUUGAGUUGCCACUCCGCGAGGAGUUUGUGGGCAAGACUUUGGAGGAAUACAGCAAGUUCACAGAAGGCGAGGAGGCCAAGGACUUGGGCAUCAGCCUGCUGCUGUUCGAGAUGUUUGACCCCAGCAAGGUGAGUGCGCUGGAUGCAGGUAGCUUUGCCAACCGCGGUACGCAUCUGAACGGCAUGAUCUGCCCGAUCUGGAGCCAGGAGGAGAACGACCAAAAGUGCCGGCUGUGGGCGCGGCACAUGAACGAGCUGUUCAAGCGAGAACUGGAGGAGCAUGGUGACAGGGAGACGGGAGAUACCAAGGAGGUGGCAAGCGUGGUGGGAAGAAAGAAGGCGACGCAGUUUUAUGGCAAUUACGACCAUUACGACGAGAGGAGCAAGGAUAUCUUUGGUGACAAUUAUGCCGAGCUGCAGAAGUUGAAGGCCAAGUAUGAUCCGGGCAAUGUGUUCAAUAAGCUGUUUGCUAUUACUCCGGCUUGA